AUGUUUUAUGUCAACUUUGAAGAAAACAUUACAGCAAAAUAUGGUGUAGUCUGUGAGGGCUGGCCGCUGCUGAAAUUUUGCAGCCCUGGAGAUAUUGGCUCACACACUGAAGUCAAGGUACUCAAUAGUGCAUGGAAAACAGGAACUGCAAAGUUCUGGAAGAUGUCAAAGGCUGAGUUCAAGCAGUGGGACGAAGGCAGGUUCCAGCCGAAAUUGAUUGCUGAUUCAGCUCGCGAGCAUCGCGCUGGUUCUACUCUGCCCCAAAUUCCAUCAGAAGGCUCAAGCUCUGCCAACCCUGUGUGGUCUUCACCCACUACAACUGAGGCACCUGCACUGUCCACCAUCGAAACAACAAGUCUCCCGCAAGAAACAUUUGUCAAUGUUAUUUCGGGAGUAGGUGGCAAGGAAGUUGUAGGUACUAAGAAAGCUAGGAAGACAUGUUCUGAUAAGGGAAAAAAACGAGGCUCUAAACGCCCACAAGCCACCAACACGAAUGCCCCAACUGCUUAA